GGGUGAAGCAUGGUGGCUAGCGGAGCCCGCAGCUCGACAGGUGUGCUGGCGUGGCCCUCUACCUGCCCCGCCGCGGCGGCCUGCGGCCAGGACAAGUAGGCUGGCGACAUCUGGCGGGCCGCGGGCAGAGGGAGGGGAGGCGGGGCGGUGUCUCCCUCACGUGACCCCAACGGCGCCUAGCGCGUCGCGCUGCGCCCCAACCGCGGGGUCGGUCACGGUCUGCGCCUGCGCGGGCCCCGGCUCGCUAGCCGUCCUGCGGGACGCCGGCGGUGAUGGGUGAGUGUGGGACGGGCGUGGGGAAGCACCGGGCUCUCUUCGCAUGAGGUUGGAGGGAGGGGAAACGCGCCGAAGGGCCCGUUGGGGCAGCCUGCUGCCCUGGGGGCCCAUCCCUGUCUUCUAUGCGCUCCGGCUGCCCUGGCCGGGCCCCUGCGGGCCCCACCCAGGCGGCGCGCGCGGAAUCAGUUCUGAGCCUCCUCGGCUCCCGGCUCCCCCGCCUGCCGCGGGUGUUUGUCCGGCUGCUGAGCGACUUUUCCCGCGAAGGCGCUGUCCCUUCAUCUGGGCACGCCCUGGGCUGGGGAGGCACCUCCCUGGUGCACAGGAACCGAAGGGGCGGGGAGGAGCAGGGCGCUGCCUGCGCCCGGGGGAGAGCGGGGAUGGCACCGCGCAAGGGCCCCUGCCUCCCGGGAGACUGGGAUUUCGGCCUCACCUCGGGACCCCUGACUGUGGAGUGUCAGAGACGGAAGAGGACUUAGUGAUCUUGUCCAGCCCCCUCCCCGCCUUUCACAGGUUGGGGAAAUGGACGCCUGGAGAACAGAAAUCCAGUUAUCAAAAUUGAUUCAAGAAGAGAGAACCUAACAGAACAAUAACAAUGGAAGAAAUUGGGAACAUUAUCACAGAGCUAUCAUCCUGCCAAACUCCAGGCUCAGAUGAUGUCACAGGUUAAAAAAAGUCCUUCAUGAAAAAGAAAGAUCUUAAGCAACAUGAUGGAUUCAGAAGCUCAUGAAAAGAGGCCACCAAUACUAACCUCUUCAAAACAAGAUAUAUCACCUCAUAUUACAAAUGUUGGUGAGAUGAAGCAUUACUUGUGUGGCUGCUGUGCAGCCUUCAACAACGUCGCAAUCACAUUUCCCAUUCAGAAGGUCCUCUUUCGACAACAGCUGUAUGGCAUCAAAACCCGGGAUGCAAUACUUCAGUUGAGAAGGGAUGGAUUUCGAAAUUUGUAUCGUGGAAUCCUUCCCCCAUUGAUGCAGAAGACAACUACCCUUGCACUUAUGUUUGGUCUGUAUGAGGAUUUAUCCUGCCUUCUCCACAAGCAUGUCAGUGCUCCAGAGUUUGCAACCAGUGGCGUGGCGGCAGUGCUUGCAGGGACAACAGAAGCAAUUUUCACUCCACUGGAAAGAGUUCAGACAUUGCUUCAAGACCACAAGCAUCAUGACAAAUUUACCAACACUUACCAGGCUUUCAAGGCACUGAAAUGUCAUGGAAUUGGAGAGUAUUAUCGAGGCUUGGUGCCCAUUCUUUUCCGGAAUGGACUCAGCAAUGUCUUGUUUUUCGGCCUUCGAGGUCCCAUUAAGGAGCAUCUGCCUACAGCAACGACUCACAGUGCUCAUCUGGUCAAUGAUUUUAUCUGUGGAGGUCUGUUGGGUGCCAUGUUGGGAUUCUUGUUUUUUCCAAUUAAUGUUGUAAAAACUCGCAUACAGUCUCAGAUUGGUGGGGAAUUUCAGUCUUUCCCCAAGGUUUUCCAAAAAAUCUGGCUGGAACGGGACAGAAAACUAAUAAAUCUUUUCAGAGGUGCCCAUCUGAAUUACCAUCGGUCCCUUAUCUCUUGGGGCAUAAUCAAUGCAACUUAUGAGUUCUUGUUAAAGGUUAUAUGAAAAAACCAUCAGUUAAGUGCCAUUUAUCAACUGAAUAACACUUCUAAGAAGAAUGCAGUUCGGCCUCUUUCUUAAUUGGCCAAAUACAAGUUGGUGUCAUAACUCCAGACCACAGUGAGUUAUGGGCAAAGCUUUUUUCCUUAAGCAUCAACAAAAUAGAAUAAAAGGUUCCAAUAGGAAAAUACAAGGUUUUUGUUUUGUUUUGUUUUCUGUUUUUUUGUUUGUUUGUUUGUUUUUAUCAUUACCUAAGAGCUUUAGGCUAAUUGCCUGGUAAAUAGCUGUCCAUCUGAUGGCCUUUGACAGGGAACCUAAUCCCCAAGAUAGGAUUCUUUUUCUCAAACCAGUCUUGAAAUCUCCUGCAUUGAAACGUAAGUGGCUGUGACCGGCCAGAGAGAAGGUCCUCAGGGGCCAGGGGCUCCUCAGGCUUCCUUUGUUACUCCAUUGCUUGCUUCUCUGCCCUUAGGAGCAGCUGCAGAGGACAGUCUUCAUUAAGCUCAAGCAUAUGACAAAGGGGCAGAACAGAGAAGAAAAACAGCUUAUUAGGUAUAGGCUUUUCAUGAUAAAUUGCUUGUAUUAGUUUUGAAACUAAGCACCUAUUGGAUAGUCAUUAUACUAUUUCUAUUUAGAUAUGGUAGAUCAAGGAGCUGUGAAAGUUCCUGUUUUGCUUUCUAGGUUUGAAAGUUUUCUGUUUGAUUCUGACUGUGACCUUCAACCCUUCCAAAAUGUCCUUAUGUUAUAAUUUCACUUAUUUCAUUGCCAAAAGAUGAAGGGACUUAAAUCUUGUUAUAGUUGUUCCAUCUUGUUAACAAGUUUUUAUUUUGUAUGUGGAUCAAAUUCUGGUUAGCUUGGUUUCUUUGAAUUACUGGUGCCAUCUCAGCAAAGGUCUGUGGUUAUUUUUCCCCUUGAGUGGGAGUUGGUCAUAUUCAAGCAUCUUGUUCUCUUAAAACUCUCCUUUUAAAAAAUAAACACUUCCGUAACAUUUUGUUUUGGAAGUCUAUUAAUGCAAUCCCACGUUUUCCCCCUAGUUUCUAAAUGUUACAGAGAGGGGAAAAAAGGCUCAGGAUAGUUUUCAUCCCACAGUGUUCGCUGUCUUUUAUUUUACUCUUGGAAAUAAAGACUCCAUUAGGGUUUUGACAUUUUGGGAACCCAGUUUUACCAUUGUGUCAGUAAAACAAUAAGAUAGUUUGAGAGCAUACGAUCUAAAUAAAGACAUUUGAAGGGUUAGUUUGAACUCUAAAAGUAGGUAAUAGCCAAAUGGCAUUCUCAUCCCUUAACAGACAAAAACUUAUUUGUCAAAAGAAUUAGAAAAUGUGAAAAUAUUUUUUCCAGAUGGAACUCAUAUGCCACUUCCAAUUGACUAAUGAAAUACAAGAGACAGACUGAAAAAGUGGAUUAUGCAUCUUAAAACCCUUUCUGUAAAUAUUAUGUAGCUAAAGAUCGACUUCCAGCAUCUGACAUGACAGUAGGUUUCUUGUUAACCAGUUUUUCUUCUUUCUGGGUAAUUGCAUGUGAAUAUUUACACAUACUGACCAAAAUAAAGACCUCAACUUGGUAGUUUACUGAAAGUUCCUGGGCAAAUAGUCCGUAAAAGCUGUUGACCUCUAAAUGCACUAUGGCUGGUUAAAUACAGUGACUAUCCUUCUUCCAGCUGUAAAGGAUGAAGCGUAUUAAGCAUUAGCCAGGCAGUAAUAAAGCUAAAUAGCCAUACAGCAGCUCUGACAAUGUUGUGCUGGAUAUUGCAGUUUGCUUUCAAGGUGCAGAUGUAAGGAUUUAAAAAAUAAUAAUUUGGCACCAAAUAAAUAUGAGUAGCAUCCUUUGGCCUAUUAAAGAGUCAGGAUUUGAAGGGAAUUGAGUUUGAGAAAUGAAUAAAUAAAGGCACCUUGGUGCCUGACCCCCUCAAUCAUGUGUGUGACUGAGCACUCACAGGCAUGUCCAGCUACUCAGCCCAGGGCAGGUGGGUUAGCCUGGGGUUAUACCUUGGCCCUGGGAAUAGACACCAUUGGGCCUUUGGUUUUGUUGGGCUUUCUGUUGUCUUUACACUCCAUACAGGUGGUAGAAAUCUGAGUUCUAAAGCACUUUUGUGAAAGACAAGCUAAGUGAGAAUUCUAAAGAAAAUGCUUUGGUUUCUGCUGUCUCAAAUAAGUGGCGUUUAAAAACAAUUGUUAAUAAAUAUUUUUAAUGGUUUUAACUCAGUAUUUUUUUUAUUUCUUUGUCACUCUUUACAGCUUUUGAAGACCAAACUGCAAAUACAUUACCAGGGAUGGUUUUGUGUUGUCCUAUAGACUUCUUAAUUUGACAAAAAAUUUAGCAGAACUUUUAACCAACAGCUUUGUCUGAACUUGAAGUCAAAAUGUGUUGUUAAUAAGAGAUUCUAACUAUUGCUUUUACCUUCAGUAUGAACUAGUGUGGUAACAACUUUGAAAAGGCAGGCCGGGUGCAGUGGCUCACGCAUGUAAUCCCAGCACUUUGGGAGGCCGAGGCGGGUGGAUCACUUGAGGUUGGAAGUUUGAGACCAGCCUGGCCAACACGGCGAAACCCCAUCUCUACUAAAAAUACAAAAAAUUAGCCAGGUGUGGUGGCACAUGCCUGUGAUCCCAGCUACCCGGGAGGCUGAGGCAGGAGAAUCGCUUGAACCUGGGAGGCUGAGGUUGCAGUGAGCCGAGAUUGCACCACUGCACUCCAGCCUGGGUGACAGAGUGAGACUCUGUCUCAAAAAAAAAAAAAAAAAGUGAAAAGGCAAACAAGAUUGAAGAUCUGAAAAGCUUUAAAAGUGGCCUUUCUGUUACAUAUGUGGCACAAAUGGCUUAUGAGCGCAGGACACUUACGGUCUUGUGUCCUAUACUUCAUGUGUGAUGCCACCAGAAAUGUUAUGGAUUCCGUAUUGAACACACUGAGAGUGGUAUGAGCCCUCAGGACUGCACCACAGAGUAAACACAACCUUGAUAUGGUGGCGAAUAUGUGUGUCUUUCUUGUUUCAUUUGUGGUUGGGGACAAAAUCGAUGUGUUUGUCUAAAUAGUCGGUAUUCAUCUUAACAUGGUUGGCUGCGUGAUCACCGGCUAUAUUGUGAACUGUGCAAUAAAACAGAAUCGUUUGUGUAUAUAAUUACCUUUGGAUACCUGAAAUUCCCAAGCUUGGUUACAAUGUAAUACUCAGUAUAAGGCUGUGCAAACAUGUAAGGGAAUCAUGGUGGUCGAUGGGAUAUAUGAAAUGGGAUCUAGAGGGCUUCGAGUGAAGCCAAUCAUGUUGAACGAACACUGGUUCAGUGUAGAUGAAGUAGAGUGAGGUGUAUGCAGUCAUAAAGUGAAGGGUGGACAGGAGAUUACAUUUGAAGAAAGUAUAAGCACUCAGACUUGGUUUCUUUAAAAUUAAAAUAUUUCUUUUGUGCAAAUGCAUAUCAAAGACUUGAACAGGUAUUCUCUUGAAAUUUGAAGAUUUUUAGUUUUGAAUGCUGUCUUUGCUUAAUAUUAAAUAUGUGUUGCCUAUUGGCUCCCAAAUUGUGUGGGAGUCUCUAAAUGUUUCCUCUUGAAGGUUCAUUAUUGGAAGUGGUUAAGCGCACAAUGCUAUUUUUGUUUGAUAGUUUGAGUUUUAUGACCAUAUGAGUUUAAAUGAAAUCUGUUAAAUGUUUCAGAGUUAACACUUUUUUUUUUUGAUAAUUUGGAAUAAAGUUUGUUUUUUAAGCCCGC